GCCGUAGGCACGUCAUACAUAUAUGUUCCUGUUCUCGUCCACUAGCGCUCAUUCUUGUUCCUCUUGAGUUAUCCGUCCAUCCCCGCAGCUCUUCGGCUCAGUUUUCUAUUUGCAAGUUGUAGCUCACUCCCGGUAGACAUUCCAGCAUUGGGAAGCCAAGACCCCUCAAUCCGCAGAUAUCAAUGGUCAUGUUCGAUUUACCCGUUAAGCAGCCCUUGUGCCGACAUCGGGCCGAUUCAUAAAUCAGUUUGGGGGAAGCAGGUAUAUAAAGGCUCGCCCACGACUAUGCCCUUUCGACAACGACAGCCGUCCUCUUGUGAACAUACUAUCACACAACUGCACGACAAGAGGAAGAGAAGACUACUUCUGAAGCGUGCCCACGACAUCGAUCAUGUUCCGCUCCCUCGUCCCCGUCACCAUCGCCGGUCUGGCAUAUGUCCUUCAGAGUCUAGCUCAGUCCACAACGUCAAGUGCUGCCUCUGUCCCUACUGGAGUCCCCAUCGAUGGAGACUACUCUGGGCCUUACCGCCCCAGGGUUCAUUUCUCACCCCCAAAAGGAUUUAUGAAUGAUCCGAACGGUCUGCACAAGGAUGGCAACGGAACUUGGCAUCUGUACUACCAGUAUAACCCAACUGAUAUCGUGGCCGGGAAUCAACACUGGGGCCAUGCCACCUCUCCCGACCUCUAUCAUUGGACCAACCAGCCUAUCGCCCUCUUCCCUCCCAAUUCUUCCUCGGGAGUCUUUUCCGGUUCGGCUGUCAUUGAUACCAAUAAUACCUCUGGUUUCUUCCCUGAUCAGGACAAUGGCGUUGUAGCCAUUUACACCCUCAAUACCCCAACUGCCCAGGUCCAGCAGAUUGCCUACUCUAAAGAUGGUGGCUAUUCCUUCGAAGAGUAUGAAGGUAACCCUGUCUUGGAUGUCGGAUUGACUCAGUUCCGAGAUCCCAAAGUUAUCUGGUACGAGGACCAUUGGGUGAUGGUCGUCGCUUUCCCUGUAGACUACGUUAUUGGCGUCUACACCUCUCCGGACCUCAAAUCAUGGACACACGCCUCCAACAUCACCCACGUCGGUUUCCUUGGCCUUCAAUACGAAUGCCCUAACAUGGUGUCCAUCCCAAUCGCCAACUCCUCUGAUUCCUCUUGGGUACUCACUAUCUCCAUUAACCCUGGUUCACCACUUGGCGGGUCUAUCACGCAGUAUUUCCCCGGAGAGUUCAACGGUACCCACUUCACUCCCUAUGAUUCUGCUGCGAGACUCACAAACUUUGGGAAGGACGACUAUGCCGGUCAGUUCUUCUAUGAUGAGCCUGUCAGUAUUGGAUGGGCAUCCAACUGGCAGUAUACAAACUUUGUACCGACAGGCGAAGAAGGUUGGAGGAGUGCGAUGACAUUGCCGAGGAAGAAUUACUUUACAAACAUCACUGCAGCCGGAUGGGAUCUCGUUCAAGAAGUGUACGACCUUUCUCCCGUCCUUGGGGACCAACUUGAUACCCAACAACUCGUCAACAAGUCCUCCACUGCUACUAUCACUGAGGCCGCAUACAUCGACGUCAACUUUACCAUCCCUGAUGAUGCCUCUUUCGCGGAAUAUGCGUCGCUCAACUUCACCGUUUCUACGAACAGCUCAGGCGAGACGGUGAAAGGGGGUUACUUUUUUGCGGAACCUUAUUCCAUCGCCGCAUGGCUCGAUAGGAGAGACACAAAGGCGUUUGAAAGUCCUUUUUUCACCGACAAGUUCUCGGUAGCUCCAGCUCAACAAGCAAAAAGACUCCAAGUCAUCAUCGAUCGCAGCCUAAUCGAGAUCUACAUUGAUAAUGGUGCAUUGGUGGGCACCAUGGUUGCUUUUCCAGAGGAGCCAUUCACAAAACUUGAGGUUACGACGGCCGGUUUGCCGGAUGGCAUGGAGGUAGAGGUGGGGGUUUGGGAUUUGAAAGAUAGUUGGACAUCAUGAGAGGUGAGAGUAGUAUAGUUAAAAUUGAUUCAAAAAAGGUAGGAAUCCUAGGUUAAAGGUUCAUAUAAUAUAUUUGCAAGUUGUUGGGCGGAAGCAUGCAAGGAACAUGAAGAUCGAUCGUCUGUUCAUCUACCAAAUCACGCGUGGGAAUGAGUGA